CAGCAUUCCUAAUGGUUUCCAUCAUUCUUAUGCGGCCAGGAUCUUUUGCUCAAGAGUUUCCCAUUCAGAGUCAACAUCAUGAUCAAUAUUGGUACCAGACAGCAAUAGAUCAAAUCCCAAUGAUCCAUGGGGGCACCUGCAAAGUGAUUGCUAUCAAACGCUGCUGCAACCGCAACCAUAUUGAGGAACGGUCCCAAACUAUCCAGUGCUCCUGUCUCCAAGGCAAAGUGGCUGGGACAACCCGUGGCAAACCUUCUUGUGUGGAUACCUCCAUUGUGACAGGGAAGUGGUGGUGUGAUAUGCAGCCCUGCCAGGCUGAAGAGGAGUGCAAAGCAUUGCCUGACAACUCAGGCUGGAUGUGCUCAUUAGGAAACCGUGUUAAAACUACCAAGAUCCAUCCCAGGAAAUAAAGUCUGUUAUCAUGAAAAGCCCACCUCUGAAGAGGCCAUGGCAGAUUUCAAAUACUGUAAUUAUCCAUCAACUUCAUGAUGAAUGCUAGUGGGUAUGCAAACCUUUUGUCCACCGGAGAAGACAAAGCAUCAUAAUGCUGGCUGCACUGUGACAUUGCAGGCGACAGUGCUACUCUUUAUUAAGGGAAACAGAAUCAAAGAUCUUUCCUUAACAGAAGGAAGAUUUAGCCCUAUUUUUUCUUAGAAACAAGUGGAGCAAGUUGGUUCAAAUGUUUCUAAAGCUUCUUGUGCAUGACUGCUGGGACAUUUCCUAUGUAACUAUCAUUUUUGUCAAACGGAUAAUUAAAUUCUACAAAACAGAUGCAAAAAAGCCAGUUUUGUAUUUACAUCUGUAAUACGAUACAGAGUCUUUCUUUACAAUGAUAAUUGAAAUACAAAUUGCCGCACCAUUGGGAGAUCUUCAAGCUGGAGAAAAUGGACUACUAGGUCUGUAAAACUUUAAUCCUAUCUUAAUAGGCCUUUUGAAUUCUGAAUUGAGGUUCUUAGCCCACAAAGGCCAAGUGCAUAAAACUGGAACUAAAAUUAUAUUGCCAGGUUAGAGGUGGCUUGGCAGGGGCAGGAGGAGUAAUGUCAAUUUAGAUCCCCAAAGGGCUUUGGGUUGUUUGGUAUCUAUAACUAGAGCACUAUUUCAAUAUCCUAGAUGGCUUUUUAGGCAACUAAGAGACUGAAGCACACUCUCUGUUCUGCCAGUCUGUCCUGGUUAGUUCUUCUGAAGAUGGAACUGACACAGCAUUUUAUUGGAAUAAAACUUAGUUCCAAGGGAGAUCUACCCAGCCUUUUAAGGUGAGACAAGGCCACGAACCCUGUUUUGAUCCAUCGUCAUUCCCUCUUCGUUGUUUUUUUUUUUUAAACCUUAAGCAACCAGCAACAACAGUACUAUUAAAUGAAAGAAAGGGGUGAGGAUUCAAUGUAGCAGCAUCUCUUAUUCUGGCUCAACAGCACACGGGGAUCUGACCUACAAUGAAGAAACCUAUCACAGGAUAUCAUCACUGCUAGAGUGGCAGAGUUUCCCCUUGCUACAAUAACUCUUUCAUCCAAGGUCUGGGAAAACACAUUUCUUGGUUUACAGGUUUUUAAAAGAUAA